AUGGCUGACGACAUGGUGCGGGCCGAGACCGAGCUGGGAAUGGCGCUCGAGGCGUACCGAGCGUCGCUGAGGGAGGCCCGCGACCGACAGCGGCGGCUGGAGAAGGCCCUCUCCAACGCGAGCUUUGAGCUGACCCGUGCACGCGAAGGCGUGGCCAUGGGCAUGGGCUCUACAGCAGAGGCCGAGACAUCAACUAAGGUGCAGAGAGAGGGGAACGAGCAAGGCAGCGGUGCGGCAGAGGCGGCGCGGCAGAGCCUCGACGAGGCUGUGGCAAGAGCCAAGGUGGUCCUGCCCCGGCCUGGCGCGCUCUACUUUCAGCUCAUGGUCGGCUCGGUCAACAUCCGGAUGAUUGGCGAGGACGAGCGGUGGACGUUCAAGGAAGAGUACGAGUGGUUCAAGAACGUAGCCAUGCAGCUCUCGGUCUUUGUCACCCUACUGGUGUACUGGGUCAAUCGUCCGUGGCUCGACACCCUCUUCCAUGCCCUCGUCCUCUACUAUUACUUCUCCAUCACGCUCCGCGAGCACAUCCUUCUGGUCAACGGCUCCAACAUCCGCCGCUGGUGGCGCCGCCACCACUACAUCACCAUCCUCCUCACCGCAGUCCUCCUCACAUGGCCGCCCAAGUCGGACUCCUGGCAUCUGUUCCGCAACACCUUUACCGGCUUCAUCAUCUACAUCGGCUGCCUCCAGAUGCUGCAGUACCGCUACCAGCGCGCCCGCCUCCAAGUCCUCCGCUCACUCGGCCAGACAGAAGGCACAGACGUCGUUAACUCGGACACCACCCAGAUGCACUGGACCUCGUCCAUGUUGUUCCUUCUGCCCUUCCUCUUUGUCGGUCAGUUCUUCCAGCUCUACAUCGGCUACUUUCUCAUCGCCCUCUUCCGCACAAGCCCCUCCAUCGAGUGGCAGGUCCCUGUUGCAGGCGUCCUUUACAUAGCCCUUGGCAUCGGCAACCUCUUCACCACCCUUCGCGUCGUCUACUUCCGCUAUGCCGCUGCCACAGACUCAGCCCUUCUCACCCCCAAGCUCCGCUCCGAGUAG